AACGGCAAUCAAGGAGAGCAACAAUGAGAUGCUGGGAUGAAAACAGAGGAACAGAGGUUGAACUAAACAGGUUGGGAGAUCAAAUCCAACUUGAGAUGGCUAAGUCCGUGUGGCCAGAUACGGAUAUGCAAUUUGUGCCCAUAGACAGGUUACACGAGUUUGUUGAAAGGAGCAUCGUCCAGAAGGCGCUCAACGCAGUCGACUGUGGCACGGAAAAUAAGCUCAGCAUCCGGCGGGAUCACGCAUCACUCUGUGAUACGAUCAGCGAGAGCACAAGCAAACUCUUUAUUAUCUUGGCCAUGAUGGACGAAUUGCCGACGAUUUUAGCCCUAGUCGACGAAGGCGUCCAAGACGGUCACCUCCCUUUUUUUCUGGAAGCCGGCAACAAUACGGAACGCCACCUGUAUCGCUAUGUUGGAGAUGAACUAAAGCGCAUAAGGAACUUCGAAGACCACCAUGGGAAGUGGUCGGCUGCGAAGCGCAUUCAAUUUUAUCAAUACUAUCAGUGGCAAGUGCUCUCUCCUUGUUUCAGCUUGAGCAGUAAUACCGGUCAUGAGAAACUGGAACACGAUAAAAUAAUACUACCGUUCAUCGAGAAGUGGGUGCCUGAUAAUGAUCCAAUUAUGGGAGGGACCUGCGCGGUACGAAGGGUAAAGAUCCAUAUAGCUUAUCAAAAGCAUUAUCUUCAUAAUCAGGAAGGUGUUAACCCCUUCUGCGCUCUCAAGAGUCUCAGCAUUAAUUGUCCAGUGGAAGAAUGCAAAGCCGAGAUUAGGAAUCUAUAG